AGUCAGGUUUUAUUCAUAAUUCCUUUCCCAUUGGGUCGCUCCCAAAAGAGCUGUAAUAAAUUGUUUUUCCGGUAGUUUGGAGUUUCUUGAUACUUAUAAAGAGCAUUAUUGACUUUCUCUACUUCGUAUCUAUCACAGAAUUUGUCUUGUGCUUUAAUAUUCUUGUUACAGACGACAUAUCGAAACGUUGCUUAAGUGUUCUAGUGAAAUAAUCGGAAGGCUAGCUUGUUUUGCAUAGAACAGUAACGAUUGCGAGACGAAAAAUGGUGCAUGGUCCACCGCCAACUAUCCAAGAAAAGGCACGGCCUGACAAGGCUUCCGCACGCCCCAGAUACAACGCAACACUCGUGCAAACCCACGGUACUUAUUAUAUCCUCCUGCUAUGAACUAGUGGUCACCUCAUCAACGUCGCUGAAUUUUGUCGUGAUUGAAUAAAUUCGAUGUUUGACUUGUUGUGAGGCCUGCUUUGAUGUGCAUGUGAGAAGAUCGUUCAUUGAUGUAACUACUUGAUCAAAAUCCCAGGGACAAGCAGAAAUAGGAAACUUUUGAAAUUAUUCCUUUUUACAACAGGUCCUUGGUCCGCUCGCAAGUUGCCUGAACGCGCUUUGGUUUUGCAGAAAGAGACUGCUGUUGCAGAGCCGCACAAGCAAACUGGGCUGAAGCGUUUCGACGACCAGAGGCCGAACACUUACGUUUCGGAGCAUAAGUUUAUGAAUUUGAAGAACGCAGUGCAAACUACGUUGGUAGUAGAGCCGCACACCUCUUGGGGAGACACUGUUGAGCGCCACCGCAGUCCCAUCGGCAUGCGGAAUAUCGAGAACGGACGCGAAGACCUGAAACUCGCGGGAAGCGAGAUCACGGGAGCCCGCAUUGAGCCUUUUGGAGAACCUGUCGGCGUGCCCUUUGGCUACCCCACGUUGCUGCAAUGCGGCGAGCCGAGAAACGUCAAGUACUUGGAUCCCCAGCCGGACUUCUUCGAGUACACCAAUGGAGGACACAUUCCACCGAAGAUCACAACGGUAAUUAUAACGAUUCUAUGCUUCCACAGUACUUGUAGAUAUCAAUGUAGUGGCUUCUUGAUAAGUCUCUUUUGGGAGUUAAUCUGGAUCAAUCAAUCUCGUUAGAAUAAGUAUCCAUCUAGUUGUCUAGUGUGCAUGUCGAGUUUUUGUGACACUUGCUGCUUGAGCAGGUCAUCGAUCUUGAUGGGAAGCUUGAUCUAUGAUCUUUCUUUAAAUAGUAAACAACAAAUCAAUAAAGGUUCCGCGUUCUGCGCACCGUUCCCUUGCUGGUUUAUAUGACGAGCGGACGUUGCGGCAGCGCGCUCGCAUCGACUUGUACCAGAGCACGCCGUCUGGGGACAAGCUUGCGAACCAGAUGCGCAGUGUGGAGAGCCAGCACCGCCACCUGCUAGCCCGUCGCCAGUGGUUCUCUCGCGAUCCCCGCAAGAACAACGUCUGGCCUAACGGAAAGUUCCGCCAUUUUGGUAUGCUCUCGGACACUGAAGUCCGGUCUGCCUCCUGCAACGCGCGCAUCCACGAUUCGUGCUGGAAGCAUCGCCUGCCGUUUUUGGAGAUUACACAGCAGAGCGUUCGCAAUCCUGCGCAGGCACAAUUCGACGAUCACGCGCAAAGGCUCUUGACCGACGUGAGAGGAUACUCAAGAGCCAUUCCCGUUCGCGAACGAAGUGCGCCGGUUAUGUGAUACCCGAGAGCAUAGAACAAAAUCUUUAUACAAGGAGGUAAAAAGAGAAUGGAAUCUACUUUGUGAUGUCAAAUAUGCGACACCAUUUAGGCAUACGGGAAGAAACGUCAUAGAUUGACUUCAUUUCAUAUACUGUUGAUUUCAUAUAAUAUUGAUAAUGUAUUUUUUUUGAUUAUGUGAACCUGCACGGGGAACAUCUUUUUUACUGGUAAAGAACUCAAUGUAUUUUAAGGACAUAAUGAAAAGGAGGCAUUUGCUGAUGCUUUUUCUGGGACUCAUAUCAUAACUUCGAUGCUAACAUAACAUAACUAAAAUUCGUAAUUUCUGCGUAACAAGAACAUAACAUUCAACACAAUAAAAUACUGUAUAUUCUCUUUGGUACCUUUCUCAUGAACUUCUAAACUCAAAUUGAUUGCUAAAAAAUAGCAUUCAUCUGGGCGUCCUUCACAUAGUGCUACUUGUAUUUUUUUCUCAUUGGAAAAGAACAUUUGGUAAUUUCAUAUCGGGACUAAAUGGUCGAGUAUGACCACGACAUCAUAGAACAAAGCAUUUGACGAAAGUAUAUCGAUAAUUAAGGACUAGAUAAGGAGGCAACACUGAAGGAGGUCGGUUCAAUGACAACCUCCGCUGCACAGAAAAUUCAAACUUUUAGAUUGCAGGACCUGCAGAUGCAAGAAAGAAAACAAAAUGUGGACUAAAAAACAAAUACAAAAAAAGAAAAGAAAAGAUGGCGCGUCAUGCCUAUACGCUUACCUUGCCGCAGGUGAGCCAACUCCUACGCAGGUAGGUUUUGACUUAUUGGAACUCGCUCGCACUACAAAAAAAAAGGAAACAACUCAACCUGUUGAAUUGAACUCAGAAAACCUUCAGCUUUGCUUGUGGAAAAGCUUAAACUACUUGCUCCAUGUCCGCCCAGUGCUUCAAAUAUCAUUCAAGCAAGUUGGCAAAGUUCAGCAUAUUUCAUUCGCCAAUGAGGUCGCUCUUGCGCCCCCGACGGAUCCAAGUCACGUCCGCAAGAACAU